CAUGCCUUGGAUUAAUCCCUUUUCACCUUCUUUUUCAAUUGAUCAUAUGGCUUGUAAACGAACAAAUCCAAAAGUAUACAUCAUAGUGCAUCCCAAGCAUCUAAAUUCUAGAUCAGUGUGGUGGAGUGUGAUUGAUACAGCACAAGUCUGAGAACUGAAGUCUCAGUUAAUAAGUCUGAUAUGGGUGCAUCAGCUAAGCGGUUUAUUUUUGUUUGCAUUCAGGCUUCAUGUGUGCAGUACCGUUUGAUAGUUAGAGAUGUGAACAGCCUCCAGAUCCUUCAACUGUACACUUGCCUGGAUCAGAUCCAGUACAUAGAAUGGUCGUCUGACUCUCUCUUUAUAUUAUGUGCCAUGUACAAACGAGGGAUUGUUCAGGUCUGGUCCUUGGAGCAGCCAGACUGGCACUGCAAGAUUGAUGAAGGGUCAGCAGGAUUGGUGGCUUCGUGCUGGAGUCCGGAUGGCCGUCAUAUUCUCAAUACAACUGAGUUUCACCUGCGGAUAACUGUCUGGUCCUUGUGUACCAAAUCUGUUUCUUAUAUUAAGUAUCCCAAAGCUUGUCAGCACGGAAUAGCCUUCACAAAGGAUGGUCGCUAUAUGGCAUUAGCAGAGAGGCGUGACUGCAAAGAUUUCAUUAGCCUCUUUGUAUGCAGUGAUUGGCAACUACUGAGGCAUUUUGACACGGAAACUCAAGACCUAGCUGGGAUUGAAUGGGCUCCUAAUGGCUGUGUGUUGGCAGUGUGGGAUACCUGUCUGGAGUAUAAAAUUUUGCUAUACUCCCUUGAUGGCCGACUGCUGUCCACAUACAGUGCUUAUGAAUGGUCACUGGGUAUUAAAUCAAUUGCCUGGAGUCCCAGCAGUCAGUUCUUGGCGAUUGGCAGCUAUGAUGAAAAGGUGCGUAUCUUGAACCAUGUGACUUGGAAGAAGAUUACAGAGUUUGAACACCCUGUGACCAUUGCUAACCCAAAGAUAAUUGUAUAUAAGGAAGUAGAGAAAUGCCCCAGAGUUGAAACGGAGAGCCUUGCCCUCCCUCCAGCCAAAGCGCAAGCCAGCUCUCUCUUCAGAAUACAGAGUAAAUAUGACAUUUCCCAGGUACCAGUUUCUUUACAGUGUGUCAAACCGGUUGCUGAUCGGGCAAAUCCCAGAAUAGGAAUUGGAAUGCUAGCGUUUAGUCCAGAUAACUGUUUUCUGGCAACCAAAAAUGAUAACAUUCCUAAUGCCAUCUGGAUCUGGGAUGUUCAAAAGCUGAAACUGUUUGUAGUCUUAGAGCAGUUGUAUGCUGUCCAGUUUUUCCAGUGGGAUCCAUGUCAACCUCGACUUGCCAUUUGCACUGGGAAUAGCAAAGUGUACCUGUGGUCCCCAGCAGGGUGCGUGUCAGUGCAGGUACCAAUGGAAGGUGACUUCCAGGUCCUCUCGCUUUGCUGGCACUCUAAUGGGGACUCCAUGGCACUCCUGAGUAAAGAUCAUUUUUGCAUGUGCUACUUGGAAAGAGGAGAGGCAAAAUAAGAGCAGAUAAAGGAAUUCUCCUUCUGCACCCCAUAAGGCUAGAAAAGCCUACUAUGCAAAUAGACCUUUGUAAAGAAGUGCUGCUAUAUCUAUAUGGAACAGAUAAGAGAAGGCAGGCUCACAUUGUUCAGUACGAAGAGAUUUUGUACUAAUAGCGAAUCUUAUGUUUGGGGGAGUAAGAAGACUCCCUUGUGUGAAUUACUGUGACAGUUGAAUGAAGUAUGUUUGACAAAAUAAUUUAGCCCUUUGAUUUUGCAACUAAAAUUGUGGCAACCAGUAGUCUGGAUUUUAGAAGCUCAAGGACUCGAAAUUUGUCUAUUUUCUCAAGUGGUAUCUGUUUGUAAAUAGUGUAUAGAAAUUAUUUAAUUUGUAUAAAUGUCAAUAAACAUUUUGAUAGCUUCUGCUAGUGUGGCUAUCAUCUUUCAGCCCAGCACUCCCUUAAAUGUUGAUUUUUCCAUAUUAAUAAUCUACACUAGAACUGAGGUUUGAAAUGGACAUGUACAUAUCACUGUUGCUGUCAUCCUGACUUCAAGUGGGUAGUGGCUAACUGCACACCAUUGUACAUCAAUCUACACUCAGUAUAGUGAAUGCUCUCUAUUGGAAUGAAACAUGGAAUGAAAUGCAUAAAGUAGUUAGACCCAGAAUAAUUUUAAGUAAUUACUUAUUGCAGUUCUGAAGAGGGAAUUUUUAUUAUUUUAGCCAUGAAUAAGUAAGUCAUUAAGAGCAAAUAUGUGAGAACCAGUUUGCUUUAGCAGCUAAGUGUUAAACUAGUAUCUUAUCAGAGCCUGAACAGUGUUCUCAAAAUUACAUGUUUGUAGAACAGCAUUUGAAAGAUGGGUGAGAUUCUUGCCAUUACAUCCCUUCUCACAGCUGUUUCAGGGACCAGAAUUAAUGA